AUCUGAAGAACCUGAUGGGGAAGUGAUGGAGUCCGUGUUGUGUCUCACGUAGACGUAAAUAAAUCAGAUAAAUAAGAUACAUCAGAUUUUGUUGGUGCUCGAGAGAAGCUGCUGUUUGAAACCAGCAUCAUGUUGGCCAGGAAGGGCCUCCUGCCAGACGGUUUCCUGCUGACCCGUCUGGCGGAGGACCAGAACCAGCCGAACCGCAGCCGCUCCAGAUCCCAGAGAGCUCGCUUCAUCACCAAGACUGGAUCCUGCAACGUGGCCCACAAGAACAUCAGGGAGCAGGGUCGCUUCCUGCAGGAUGUUUUCACCACCAUGGUGGACCUGAAGUGGCAGCACUCCCUCCUCAUCUUCACCUCGGCCUUCCUCUGCUCCUGGAUGCUGUUCGCUAUGAUCUGGUGGCUUGUUGCCUUCGCUCACGGAGACCUGGAGCCCCAUGAUCCCGAUGGCGAGCCGCGCCCCAUCCCCUGCGUCACCGCCAUCCACUCCUUCACCUCAGCCUUCCUUUUCUCCAUUGAGGUCCAGGUGACCAUCGGUUUUGGAGGCAGGAUGGUGACGGAGGAGUGUCCACUGGCCAUCACAGUGUUGAUCAUCCAGAAUAUUCUGGGGCUGAUCAUCAAUGCCGUGAUGCUCGGCUGCGUGUUCAUGAAGACAGCGCAGGCCAACCGCCGAGCAGAGACGCUCAUCUUCUCGAGAAACGGCGUCAUUGCUCCUCGAAACGGUCGACCGACCUUCAUGUUCAGAGUGGGAGACCUGAGGAAGAGUAUGAUCAUCUCUGCCACCAUACAGCUGCAGGUAAUCCGGCGGACGGUGACGGCAGAAGGCGAGGUGAUCCCGGUGUGCCAGCUGGACAUCCAGGUGGAGAACCCUCUGAGGAGUAACGGCAUCUUCCUGGUUUCCCCUCUGAUCAUCAGCCACACCAUGGAGAGAGGAAGUCCUCUGUACGAGCUCUCCGCCCAGUCGCUGGCCUCUGAAGACCUGGAGAUCAUUGUAAUCCUGGAAGGUGUGGUGGAGACAACAGGGAUCACCAUGCAGGCCCGGACCUCCUACACUCCUGAGGAGAUCCUGUGGGGGAGGCGCUUUGUCUCCAUCAUCACAGAAGAGGACGGACGCUACUGCGUUGACUACUCAAAAUUCGGCAACACGGUCCCCGUCAGGAUGGCGUCCCUCAGCGCCAAGGAGCUGGACCAGACCAGGGGCGUCCAGGAGGGCAGCUCCGACCCCGUCAACCCACAGGGCUGGGGGCUGGUGCGAGCCGGCAGAGGGGGCUUCCGUAGAGGAGGACGCACCUGCGACAGCGCCGCCGCCCCUCAGCCCUGGUACACCCAAUCAGAGAAGCCAGAGAAAGAGGUGGAGCAGAGAGGGGAGAAGAAGAAGGUGCAGCUGGAGGUGAUUGGACGACAGAUAGAAGAGGACGCACUGGGAGAGAUGAGCGACUGAGAACCAGUAAACUGACAGCGUGCCAGCAACAAAAACACAUGGUGGGUUUAGGCAACAAAAACAUUUGGUUGGGUUUAGGCAACAAAAGUACGUGGUUCUGUUUAGGCAACAAAAACAAGUGGUUCUGUUUAUGCAACAAAAACAUGUGGUUGGGUUUAGGCAACAAAAACAAGUGGUUAUGUUUAUGCAACAAAAACGUGGUUGAGUUUAGGCAACAAAAACAAGUGGUUAUGUUUAUGCAACAAAAACGUGGUUGGGUUUAGGCAACAAAAACGUGGUUAGGUUUAGGCAACAAAAACGUGGUUGAGUUUAGGCAACAAAAACACGUGGUUAGGUUUUGGAGAAAAGAACACGUGGUUGGGUUUAGGCAACAAAAGUUUGUGGUUAGGUUUAGGAUACAAAAAAACUUGGUUAGGUUUAGGCCCGUCCACCACCCCUCCCGCCUGCUCCCGACUUUCCCUACCUUAACUUUCGUCUUUGUCCCACCACAUAGCCCCCUGAUGCCGCCAGGCGCCAUUAAACUAUAACGGCAACUGGCCGCAUAUCAUGCCAACAUUAAAGGACGCAUUUUUUUGUUGGUUUCUGACACCACAAGUCACUGCCUAAGUGCUGGAUUUAGACGACUUUGGGGUGAGACCGGGCUCUAUAUUCUGUGUCUUCAGCCCCAUUCAGACCGGACUUAUGUCCCCAAAUGUACCUUUCCUUUCAAGUGUUCCCACAACAUUUACUACUGAGUAAAGUGAGACACCAGCAGCACACUGCUAACUCUCAGUGAGAGGACCAACUGGAUGUCACACCCUCGGCACACUCACAAGGUGCAAUGAGAUUCAGAACGAGGUGGAAAUUGCACAACACAUGCCACUUUAGAAGGUCACUGCCUAUUCAGCUCAACUCAGAAUGUUUUUCCAAGGAUGGAAAAUGUAUUUAUUUUUGUUCCUGGAGCAAUUUUACUGUUUGUUUUGAUGUUUUCAAGCUGUGAUCUGAUCCUCCAUUUUCUUUGUAUAUUUCAUUGUUUGGACUAAACAGUAAAAACAGCAACAUCACAUCACAUACACCCCAAUGUUUAUAUAUUAUAUAUAUUAUAUUGUAUAUGUCACAUUAAAAACGCAUGUGUUUAUAUAUUUUAUGUACUGUAAUAAUCUUUAUUUAUAAAGCACUUUUAAAAACAGAGUUACAGAGUUAUGUUUUAGAUAGAUUUCAAGAUUUUUCUGAUUUCUUUUAAGGCUCUUCAUGGUCUCUCUCCGAGCUGUAUCUCUGACCUCUACGCCAGGACGUACUUUGAGGUCCUCAGGCAGAGGUCUUUUGUAUGUUUCAGAGGUUGCUGAAAACUAAAGGGGACAGAACGUUUGCUGUCAGGGCCCCGAGGCUCUGAACAAUCUGCCCGAGGAAAUCAAACUUCUAUCAGAGAGCCUUUCCUGAUUUUACUUGAGUUUUAAGUUAAUUUAGACUGUCUUUCAUUUUUUCAGCUUUUAUAUACUUAAGCGUUUUCAUCAGGUCUUUUAAAAGGUGUUGUUUUCAUGUCUUGCCUGUUUUAUUUAUUGACAUAUAAAGCAGUUUGUAACUCUGCUUUGUAAAGUGCUUUAUAAAUAAAGAUCAUUAUUAUUAUUAUUGUAAGUCAUGUAAAGCCUGGUAUAAGAUAGUAUGUUUUAAAGCCAUAUUAAGGCCUGUACUGGUUUUAAAUCCUGUAGCUUGUGAUAUUCAUUGUGACACUUCUGAUAUUGUUUUUUUUAGUUUAAAUAUGAGGAAAAUACUACUUAAAUUUAUUAAAUGUCUCUCUGUGUAUUUAUCAUGUUAAAUAAA